AUGGCGAGCAAAAAUCCAUUCGAUCCGGCGCUCUUUGACGAAAAUGCUGUAUCUACGGAGACAAAGGCCAUUAACAGUGCCUUGGUCGAGCUGUUGGAAAAGUCCGACGACAAUUGGGACAUUGGCGUCGCAGAAGCCCGGGCCCGUCGUGAUCGGGGCGAAGGUCCUUUCCCGCUGGUUCCAAAAUCAGAGCGUGCAAUCACACGCACCAUCCCCGGCAAAGGGGGCGACGUGGAGCUGCGGAUCAUCGCUCCUGAAAACCCAAAGGGCGUCUAUCUUCAUUUUCACGGUGGUGGAUGGGUGUUUGGAUCUGCCGAUGGCCAAGACCCUAUGCUUGAGCGGAUCGCCGACAAUUGCGGGCUCGCCUGUGUGAGUGUUGAGUAUCGUCUUGCACCGGAACACCCUUACCCCGCCGGCCCUGACGAUUGCGAAACAGCCGCCGCCUGGUUGGUUGCGCAUGCAAAGGAUGAAUUCGGCACCGACGUGCUGACCGUCGGUGGAGAAAGUGCGGGCGCCCAUUUGGCCGCCGUCACCCUGCUCCGCAUGCGCGACCGGCACGGGUUCACCAAUUUCGCCGGUGCGAAUCUGGUAUUCGGUGCAUUCGAUCUUCGGUGGACUCCGAGCGCACGCGCCUUUGGCGAUGAGCCCUAUCUGAUCCUGCGCACUCAUGAUCUGCACAAAUUCGAUGAGUGUUUUAUUCCCAAGGGCGCCGACACCUCAGACCCAGACAUCUCCCCGCUGUUUGCUGACCUGAAAGACAUGCCACCUGCUCUCUUCAGCGUCGGAACGGCGGAUGCGCUGCUAGACGAUAGCUUGUUCAUGCAUGCCCGCUGGGCAGCGGCUGGAAAUGACGCGGAGCUCGCAAUCUAUCCCGGCGGCGCGCACGGCUUUGUCGCUUUCCCCGGCGAACUUGCCGCUUCGGCGGUGAAACGCAUGGAUGCAUUUCUCAAUCAGGUUACGAAAUGA